AUGUCAGAGAGAGGUUUCCUGGAUGGAGCGGAGGUGGGAGAGCGCUGCGACCUGGUAGGGAACCUGGCAAGAAGGGGGUGUGGUCUAGAGUUCAUAGAGCAUCCAGAGGUCAUGGUGGAGGUCAAUGCUACGACCAGCAGUACUCAGGUGUCACCGGGAGAGAUCACCCUCACACUCAGACCAGGUGCUGAGGCCAGUGUGAUAGUAGCAGUACAGCAGUUAGAGAGGUAUCCUGUUGAUCUGUACUACCUGGUGGACGUAUCAGCAUCCAUGCAGGAAAACCUGGACCAGCUGAAGACGGUGGGCGUAGCCUUGUCCCACCGUAUGAGAGAACAUUCCAGUGAUUUGCGUCUGGGGUUCGGCUCCUUCGUUGACAAACCUGUCUCCCCCUACAUCAAUGUACACCCCUCUAAGAUAAAUAACCCCUGCAGGGUGAGGUGGGUUGGCGUGGGCGAUGGCCAAGCCGACCAUCCCAGUUUAGGCCUGCUGGCUGAGAAGCUUCUAGAGAACCACAUCUACUCUCUCUUUGCUGUGGAACAACUACAAUAUCAGUGGUAUGAGGAGUUGGUCAGGUUGCUACCGGGCUCCAAUCUUCUGUUCCAGGCUCCCAAACUUAUAGACGUGGUGGUGGAUGCAUACAAGAGGUUGUUGUCAGUUGUCCAGGUGUCUGUGUCAGUGGAGGACAGAGCGUUCAGCCGUUUCCUGGUCAGCGUCUCUCCUCUCUGUCCGGAAGGAUCUGUAUCCCACGACAACCGCAGCUGCUCCAACGUCCAGCCCAACCAGACGGUCUACUUCAACAUCACCAUCGGCCUGCACUCCUGUCCUGACGAUGAUGAUGAUGUAGAUGACGUGGUCCAGGUCUUCGUCAGGCCCGUGGGUUACAAUGAGUCAACCAUCAUCAAGGUUCACUCACGAUGUCGCUGUCACUGUGGACCGGACUGGCAUUGCCAUGACGAUACCACACAUCAGUCAACGUGUGGAGAGGUCACCCCAGAUACAGACCGUAAUAAUCAAGACUUGAACAAUCGGGACAUGCACACACACACACCGGACCUAGACCCAGAGCACACACCCACACGCCCUCACACACACGGACCGGAGUGGUCACGGCAGUGUCGUGCGGAGGGAUCGGGGGUGGACUGUAACGGUCGGGGAGUGUGUGUGUGUGGGAAGUGUGUGUGUGAGAGGAACAGUCUAGGAACAGUGUAUGGACAGUACUGUCAGAUGGAUGACUACUCCUGCCCCUACCAACACGGACUACUGUGUGGAGGGCGAGGUAUGUGUGUGUCUGGUGAUUGUGUAUGUGAAGAGGGCUGGACAGGAGAGAGCUGCAGGUGCCCAGUCUCUACGGCAACCUGCCUGUCCGACAACGGGUUACUAUGCAGCGGGCGUGGCAGGUGUGUGUGUGGCAGAUGCGUGUGUGACAACCAUCAAUAUUCCGGAGCAUUUUGUGAGAGAUGUCCCACCUGCCACAGCUCUUGUCAGUCACACUGGAGGUGUAUAGACUGUCACUUGUCUCACGGUCUGUCUCAGAGAGAGGCGGAGGAGUGCAACCAUACCUGCACAUCAUUAGUGGGUUACGUCAAUGAUGUCACAGGUCAGGUAUGGAGACAGUGUGUGUAUAAGAAAGACAACUGUUACUAUCGCUUCCACACUGCACUUGUCUCAGGAAAUACUCUUCUACAUUUCAACACACAACCUGAGUGUGUAUCCAGUAGGCGGUAUGUGGGGACCUUCCUCAGUGUGUGUGUGUUGACGUUCCUCCCUGGCUUGGUGAUGCUGGCUGUGCUGGUGCUGCUGCUGCACAGACGAUCUUUGCCACAGGGUGGCGCCACUGAUCAACAAUAUAACCCCACUGGCAAGGAUCUGUCACACGUCCCAAAGACCAAUGAGAAGACAGUAUCCUACAGGAGGGACCGCCCCCCGGGCCCUGACCGACCAAUGGAGAUGCAUAUCACCGUUCCCAAGAUGCCCCUGGGCGAACCCUGGCAGUAAGGGGUCAGAGGUUAGAGGUCAACGGUUGAAGUGGGCCAAUGCUGCCGGUACAAAAAAGCAGCAACUCUAAUGUUAUACCGCUUGAGAACCGGCACCUGUGAAAUACAGGUACAGUAAAAUUAGUGAGCAAGCCUACAGGAAUCUUUUCUCAGUACACUUACACUGGUUACAGGUUAGGGGAAGGAUAGUAAAUCAUGAAAACUGGACAGGGUAACACUCCAAACAAGAGCCUUGUUACUGAUACUGUAAUAUUAUGUGGCUUUAUGGACUGGCAGCCAUUGAAAGGUACUGAACAUUGAUCAUUGAUCGAUUUAUCAAUGCUAAAUAUUUAUGCUUUUAUUACAGAGAACACUACAAGUUUAUUAGUUUACUUGAUCUCUCUCUCUCUACUCAACCUGUGUGUCCUGUGUUAGCUUGCUACCUAGUGGUCAGUGGUGAAACGACAUAACAGAAUGGGAUGAAUGAAUAAUUGAAUGAAUGAAUGAAUGAAUGGUUACCUUGCACCAGCAGUAACGUGUGAAUAUGUGACACUCCACAAUCAUGACCUUUUUUUACCUACCACCAAAUCUACUUGAUGUCUUUAUUUUAUGUGCCUGGCAUAACUGGAGUUCUGAGAGGACAGGUAGCCUCCAACGGUUGUUAAUGUACAGCAUCUAGUUUUAAUAUUUGAAACAAGCAUUAAUUUUAAAUUAGCAUACUUGUGGAGAGACAGAGUAGAGAUUUGCACUAGCAUCGUUACGUAGCAUGAUAGGUCGUAGUGUUGUCAGACUACUGAGCGCUAAUUGGCUCCUGAACUAUUGGGAAGGCUGCUGAUUGGCUCCUAAACUACUGGGAAGACUCCUGAUUGGAUCCUGAACGUUCCAUAUUACACUUCUAUCUACAAGAAUUCCAGUAAACAAAACUAUGAAUAAUAUUUAAUAAUACAUUUGUUACAUGUUCACUACAUCUGAUGUCUGAUGUUUACAGCAUUCAUUAGCUGCUAAUUUAUUUAGUCCAUAACACUAAUAAUAUUAUUUAUUGUGAUUUAUUUCAAAAAAAUGUGUUUCUUGUAAUUUUUUUAAUUCUAUUUUUAAUGAAAGGUACUGACUGGCUACAGGGCUGUAAUAUUACAGGACUGUAGCUCAAUGUUAAAUGAAUCAGCAAUUAUAAAAAUGAUCUCUCUAAGUGGCAGACUUGGGUCAAAUACUUUCAAAAACUGGUACCACAUUAUUAGAACGGUACCCAUUGUCUCACGUCAGAAAGCUUGACAACCUUGUCUGCAGUGCAUAGUUCAUAGCCAGUCUGAAGACAAUGAAGGGAACCUACAGCGCAUUCAGAAAGUAUUCAGACCCCUUGACUUUUUCCACAUUUUGUUACGUUACAGCCUCAUUCUAAAAUGGA